AUGAUUCAUUAUAAUUUUAUUCACUCCCCCUAUUUUGACACAAAUGCUGCCGUACACAGGGAUUUGCAUAUUUCCUUAUCUCGCUUAAGAUACUUGAAGGUGACAAUGCAAGAAGAUUUGAAGGUGAUAGUACAAGAUGAUUCAGAUGAUUCAAAUGAUGAUUCAGAUCAUGAUACUGAUUUCGAGACUGGAAUUUUUGUUAAAACAUCAAUACCUGCGUUUUUUAUGGGUUUCAACAUUGGUUCACGGGAUGCUGCUCAAUUGGUUGCGUUGGUUACUGUCGUUGACCGUGGAAAUCUUGCAUUUGAACGAUUUAUUUUCGGUUCAUCAUUUGACAACCAACCAGCGCUUGAGUUAAAUCCGUUAUUUGGAUGUACUAGAAAAAAUAGCUACAUAGACAAGUUCAAUCGUGUCUUGUGGCUUGGCCCUUCUGGAAUCUCAUUAGCUUCACAACUGGAUAAUAGUGAGUUCUCAUAUUGUAUUGGAAAUUUAAACGAUCCAUUUGGUGAAAAAAAUAUACUAAUCAUAGGGAUAAAGUCCGGAGGAGUUGAAAAUUCAACUCCUCUUAUUAUUAGGGAGUUCAAUUACAACGUAAAUCUUGAAGGCAUUAAUGACAAAAAAGAUUUAAGAAUCGAUAAUUUUAAAAGUGGUGGGGGUGCAAUUAUUGAUUCAGGUUCAAGUUUGAGUUUUCUUUAUGAUAUUGCAUACGAGAAACUUGAUUACAUAGGAGGCUCAUUUGAAAGACGAUAUUUCUUUUUGGACAAGUAUCAACAUUGCUAUAUUGGACACUUGUUUAGGGAUUUUAAGGGCUUUACAACAAUAGCAUUAAAUUUUGAUGGAGCAACAAUGGAAUUAGAUAGAGAGAAUUUGUUCAAGCAAGUAUACUCAGAUGUGGUAUGUUUAAGUGUGUUGAAUGUUGCAGAGAAUGGUGUCGAUCACAGUCUUCUUGGCGUAGAACUCCAAAAAUAUUUCUAUAUAUCAUUUGACAUGAAUGAAAUGCCUGUUAACUUUGAGAGGAUCGAAUGUGAAUAUUUCAAUAAUUGGAGUUGA